AUGCUGUCCCGUGCCAACAGUGAUGCUGCGCUGCGCCUACGCAGGGCCAAGUCAUCAUCUUCGAGCAGUCACAGGCCCUUCGAGCCAUCGAUAUCGACCGAGCCAAAGUAUGCAGAGGUUGCCGCUGUAGAAGCCUACACGCGUGCAUACCGCCAUUCACAAGGAGACCGACCUCAAAGACGCCGCUCUCGUCGCUCUGAGGGCAGCCAUUUUGAUGACAACCGACGCAAGUCCACUCAGAGAUCUGAUCGUCUUGAGCGUCCUGCACUCGUGCCAGGACCUGCCACUGCUCCCGCAACCCUACCUGCGCGUCCACCAACUCGACAAUCUCUCUUACCGGAUACUCCCUACCGCUUUGCUCUCGAAGCCUCCAACGACCCUACAGUCACCAUGACAGACUUGUCUGAGUCACGACUCAGCACUGCCUCUAGACGACAGACUCGCGACCUGCAGACCGAUGAUGAGAUCAAGACGGCUGCCUGGGAUGCUUACCUUCAGGGUUUUCACAAGAAGGAGAUUCGUGAAAGAAAGUCUUUCGCUGCUCCGCUAAAGAAACGUUUCUCAAAGUCGCCCACUCCUGCGCCCUCCAUCCAGUAUGACACGUCGGUACCACCCUACAACUUUGUCGAAGAAUCCGAAGCCAUCUUCUCUACUGCUCCGCCUGUCGAGAUCAAGUCCGACGAAACUCCUGGCAAGCUGAAAAAACAGCGGACCGUCUCAGAAUCACUGAAGGGUAGGUUCAAAAGGCUAUUAUCACGACCAAAGCGAGUACAGUCACAGUUCCCUGCUCAGCACGUAGAAGCAAGAAAUCUCCAUUUCGAUGUCUACAAGACAAACGACGACAGCUUCUCGGCUGGUCCAGACGUUGGAGUCUCUCUACCUAGAUCACCUUUCUCGUCCCUUGGUGCUUCUUCAGGUGCACAAUCACGAAUUACAAGUUGGUCCAACUCGACAGUUUCACGCCAUGGCAAUCGUCUGCCCUCAAUCGAAGAGACCUCAGCAUCUCAAGCGCUUGGUCCUACCGCAGAGGAACCACCGACUGGCUCCUUUCUCGGUCGAGCGUUGCGUUUUCCACUUCGCCGUCCCAGCCAGACCAGCCUCCAACGCAAGUCAGAAGAUAGCAAGCGCUUGUAUGAUGCACUGCAGAAACGCAUCAACGAGCCUGAGGUACCGACUAUCGUAGUCGAGCACGUCACUCCACAACCAUCUGCUGUCAUCUUUAACGACUCUGCACCAAUAUCGCCAGCCUCUGAGACUAUUCGAAUGGUCACCCCAGAACCUACCAUUCCCGAGUCUCCUACACGUCCAGCCCCGAGCCCGCCACAUCAAGUGACUCGAAAAUCGUCGUGGUGGAGCAUGGCGCCCAGCAUACGUUCAAAAAAACGCCGUCAAGCAGAGCCAGUUGCACCAUCAAACGAGCAAAUCGCUGCUCGUGUGGAGAGAUCAGAAAAUCGGUGGCAGGCUGCGUUGGAGGAUGGCUCACCGGUUGUUUCACGAGCUCUCAAUUAUUGCAUCAAGGGAGAUAAUCCAUAUGAAUUGCGACCGUUAGAAGAGAUCAACUCCAGCUUGCCAGUUGCUGUCCGUCACGAAUCCCGCGACGCUGCUGCACCAACGUUUGGCAACGGCGCAGAUCUUCAUGACAUUCGACAGCAUGUCAUUUCGCCCAGCGUAUACUCGAGAUCCGUCAGUCCUGAUGCUGUUGGCACGUUCAUCACAAUCACCGGGCACGAGGUCAAACGUUAUCCUCUCGACUCGCCCCCACGACCUUUGAAUGGACCUUCUUCCUACGCACCACAACCAAGUAAUGAAUGGAGAGCCUGGUUCAGCAAAGAAAUUGAGGACUUUAGCAUGACACCCGCACCUGUUGGAGAUACUGUUAUGGCUGGACCUGGCUUUUCCCCGAUUAACAGCCAUCCUCACGACUCUGAAGAAAGCCUACAGCAGCAACCACCAGUGUUACAACCUUCAAAGAGUCGACCUGAACUACGUUCUCGAGCCUCCAGCAUCAUGAAUGAGCGAUACCCUCUCAUCGACACCGGCAGGCCAUCGAGCAGAGCGUCGGGUCGUCGUACCAAUCCUUCUAGCACGUUUUCUGGUCACAGGUCUGCGUCAGGAUCGGGAGCAUCUGUUGUUGAAAGGGCUUCCAGCAAAGCAAGUCAGCGAGGUGAUGCGGAUCAGUCUACACUGUCUUCGUCAACCCUCCGAGAACGGCAGUCAACAAGCGCACUCGUACGCAAAAAGUCAAGUCUAGCCAUUCGUGCUGCGCGUCACGGUCAUGAUCCGUCAAACGAAGAGAUCGACUCUGCAGGCAGAGAAGAUUCUGUCAAGGCUCCAAAGUCGGCCCUGGACCUUCGCGUCAUGUAUCGUAACAACCGCAACCUUGAGGCUUCGAGUCUCAAUAUCCGACGCAGAGUGGUGGCUCCAAGUACUUUCGAUGAUACAUUGCGUCGAAUCUCAGAAGGACCUUAUGCAGCUGACAGCAAAGAGAACAUUGCACCACCAAGACCUUCUGGUAUGAUCGAUGGCAUAACAAUCCCUCCAUUCUACACCCCGACAAAGGACUCGUCAAAGAGCAAAGGAUCUUCGCCUGGACAGCGAAUGGUGGAUGAAUUCUUGAACUCGAGGAAAGCGCACGUAGUUGCGAACUCUCCUCCAGCCUUUAUAUAA